CCCUAAUCCGAUCUGCCUGCCUCUCAUUUAUUCUCUACCACCUCCAUUUUCCUUCCCUUUCCUUGCUAACUAAACUAAACUAUAAUAUAAUAUACUAUGAUAGUACUCCGUAUCCGUAGGGUAGUAGUAGUGUAAUCAGUAAUAUAUCCAGCUUGUCCUGCCACUGUCUCUUUUACCAUUUGCCUGUUUCUUGUGCUUGUCUCUCUAUGUGCUUUCUCUAUCAUAUAAACGCACAAAAGUUUACUCUCUCCAAUUCAAUUCAGUCCCAAGCUCUUCCCUUUCUGUGGGUUUCCUUGUUUUGAUUUUUGUUUAUUAUCAAGGGCAAGAGCCAGAGUGAAGAAUCUCGAGAUUGGCGUCCAAGUUAAAAGACCACAACAGCUCCCCGUCCCUUCCCCUUAUCUUGAGUGAAACAACUGCUACUGCUUGCCUCUACUAUGGUUUCUUGAGUGAGAAAGAGGGACAUACCGCGACUUAAGAGUGAGAAAUCAAACAGAACACCCACGAUACUUUCUUGAGUAUCUGAUGAAGGAGAGAGGAGGCUCUCUUGGAGGAGAGAGCCUGCCUGUGGAAACCAACACUAGCACUACUACUGCUACUCCCAUCACUAGCAUAGAAGAAGAUACUCGAGAACCAAAACAAAAGACUCCUUUUUUCAUCUAAGAAAGAAGCAUAUCCCAUCAACUUACUUUGCUAAUCUUAAAACCUCAAAAAACACAAUCUGGGUCAUCUUUGAACUUUUGGUUAAGCACUUGAAAACAGUAUCUGGGUGGUCUUUGUUGUUUUCUUUUAGUUUUAGUUCUUUCUUUAGGUGUUUUCAUUGCUUUACAUGGCGCUUUCUAUGCACAGUAAGGACAAGCAGAUGGAUUCAAGUAAGUAUGUGCGGUAUACACCUGAGCAAGUUGAGGCUUUGGAGAGGGUGUAUACAGAAUGUCCAAAGCCUAGUUCCUUGAGAAGACAACAACUCAUUAGAGAGUGUCCUAUUCUCUGCAACAUUGAGCCUAAACAGAUCAAAGUCUGGUUUCAAAAUCGCAGAUGUCGUGAAAAACAGAGAAAGGAAUCUUCUCGUCUCCAGACAGUGAAUAGAAAGCUGACUGCCAUGAACAAGCUGUUAAUGGAAGAGAAUGACCGUUUGCAGAAGCAAGUCUCCCAUUUGGUUUAUGAAAAUGGAUACAUGCGCCAACAAAUUCAGACCGCUUCAGCAACGGCCACAGACAAUAGCUGUGAGUCUGUGGUCAUGAGCGGUCAGCACCAACAACAGCAAAACCCAACACCUCAGCAACCCCAAAGGGAUGCUAACAACCCAGCUGGUCUUCUCACAAUAGCUGAGGAGACCCUGGCAGAGUUCCUUUCCAAAGCUACUGGAACUGCUGUCGACUGGGUCCAGAUGAUUGGGAUGAAGCCUGGUCCAGAUUCUAUUGGAAUCGUUGCUGUUUCCCGCAACUGCAGUGGGGUAGCAGCGCGAGCUUGUGGCCUUGUGAGCCUGGAGCCCAUUAAGGUUGCUGAAAUCCUCAAAGAUCGUCCUUCUUGGUUUCGAGACUGCCGAUGCCUAGACAUAAUGAGUGUGAUUCCUACAGGAAGUGGAGGGACAAUUGAGCUGAUAUACAUGCAGACUUAUGCACCUACAACACUGGCCGCAGCACGUGACUUUUGGACACUAAGAUACACUACAACCUUGGAAGACGGGAGUCUUGUGAUAUGUGAGAGGUCGUUGACUUCUUCUACUGGUGGCCCAACAGGACCUCCUUCUUCAAGCUUUGUAAGAGCUGAUAUGCUUCCUAGUGGCUAUCUAAUUCGACCAUGUGAGGGUGGUGGCUCCAUCAUUCACAUUGUUGAUCAUGUUGACUUAGAUGUUUGGAGUGUUCCUGAAGUUCUGAGGCCGCUUUAUGAGUCAUCCAAAAUUCUUGCUCAGAAAAUGACCAUGGCGGCCUUGCGGUACAUAAGACAAAUUGCACAAGAGACUAGUGGGGAAAUUCAGUAUGGAGGUGGUCGUCAGCCUGCUGUUUUAAGGACAUUUAGUCAGAGGCUCUGCAGGGGUUUCAAUGAUGCUGUAAAUGGAUUCACAGAUAGUGGGUGGUCACUUCUGGAUGGUGAUGGUGGGGAUGAUGUGACCAUCGUCAUAAAUUCUUCGCCAACUAAAUUUCUAGGAUCUCAAUACAACGUAUCUAUGUCACCUACAUUUGGAGGAGUCCUGUGUGCGAAGGCAUCAAUGUUGCUGCAGAAUGUUCCUCCUGCUUUGCUUGUUCGUUUUCUGAGAGAACAUCGUUCGGAGUGGGCUGACUAUGGGGUUGAUGUGUACUCUGCUGCAUGUCUUAAAGCAAGUCCUUAUGCAGUUCCAUGUGCAAGACCUGGUGGCUUCCCUAGUAGCCAGGUCAUUUUACCUCUUGCACAUACCGUGGAGCAUGAGGAGUUCUUGGAGGUAGUUCGGCUGGAGGGCCAUGCAUUCUCCCCAGAAGAUGUAGCCCUGGCACAGGAUAUGUACUUGUUGCAGCUAUGCAGCGGAGUUGAUGAAAAUGCUCUUGGUGCUUGUGCUCAGCUCAUCUUUGCGCCUAUUGAUGAAUCCUUUGCUGAUGAUGCACCAUUGUUGCCAUCUGGAUUUCGUGUCAUACCAUUAGAUCCUAAAACUGAUGCACCUGCUGCUACUCGAACUUUAGAUUUAGCCUCUACACUUGAAGUAGGACCUGGUGGUGCCCGUCCAGCUAGUGAAGCUGACACCAACAGUUAUAACCUUAGGUCAGUACUGACAAUCGCUUUCCAAUUUACGUUUGAGGACCACUUCCGAGACAAUGUGGCUGCUAUGGCUCGCCAAUAUGUGCGUGGUGUUGUGGCGUCUGUUCAGAGGGUUGCAAUGGCAAUUUCCCCUUCCCGGCUCAGCUCCAAUAUGGGGCCGAAGUCCCUUCCUGUCUCUCCUGAGGCUUUAACUUUAGCUCGAUGGAUAUACCGAAGCUACAGGAUUCAUACUGGAGAAGAACUAUUUCGGGUUGACUCCCAAGCUGGGGAUGCUUUGCUGAAGCGACUGUGGCACCAUUCAGAUGCAAUUAUGUGCUGCUCCUUGAAAACAAACGCAUCUCCAGUUUUCACUUUUGCAAACCAGGCUGGACUUGAUAUGCUUGAAACUACUCUUGUGGCCCUUCAAGAUAUCAUGCUUGACAAGAUUCUUGAUGAAGCAGGUCGGAAGAUUCUCUGCUCUGAGUUCUCUAAAAUAAUGCAACAGGGAUAUGCUUAUCUGCCGGCCGGAAUAUGUGUAUCCAGCAUGGGGAGGCCGGUCUCCUACGAGCAGGCCAUUGCAUGGAAAGUUCUUAAUGAUGAUAAUUCCAACCACUGUCUGGCUUUCAUGUUCAUUAACUGGUCCUUUGUGUAGUGGCCGGGAAAGAUUUUUAGAGAGAACUUCGCUAUCUAUUAAUUAGUUAUCUAUCCAAGUUUGUAAUUUUCUUCUUGCUAGUACCCGUAUGACUGAUGUAUGGAUGCAAGUCAUGGCAGAAUAUCAUCAAUACUUUUGUCCAAA